AUGAAUUCAAUGCGAUUACUAAUACUUCUGACGUUCAUUUUAUAUGAAACACAGAGUGCUCCAAGUAUAAAACCUUUAACAUUUUUAAAGUCUUUAAUAUCAAAACAUUUGCCAUCAACUACUGAACAGCCACUUUCGGAAGAAGAAAUAUACCCCGCAUAUAAAUGUGAAUCUGUUGAAGACGGUGCCAUUGAUGAUUCAGUUAUUGAGUGGAACCGCCAAGUGUUUUUAGUAAAUGAAAAACCUAUUUUGAUAGAAGUUGGAAACGUUGGACAAAUUCAAAAAGAAAAUCAUAAUGAAGACCUCAUUGUUAGUCCAGAAAUAAGUCCCGAAGUGAACUGUGAAGAAAAUGCUGAAAUAAAUCCCGAACUAAAUCUGGAAGUAAACCCCGAAGGACAUUUUGAGGAAAAUCCUAAAUUUAGUCCAGAAGAAGAACACAAAAAUGUAUACGAAAAAGAUUUAAACACACAAUGGUUAUUGGGUGAGAAUACAAGUGAAAAACUACCAGAAAUAAAUGUUGGUACGCCUUCAAUCAAAGAUAAAAUCAUUAAUAAAAUCAACAUCAUCAAAUCGAAGUUAAAAUUUAAGAAUCGUCUAAAUAUACCAAUUUCAGAAUCGGUUGAAGAAAACAACAAUAAUGUUGGAUUUACUUCCGUAAAACCAAUCACCACAUUGGAACCCAUAACUACCGGAAAACCCACUACUGUACAUCACAUCUCUACGGUACAACCUGUUACCACAGGACAUCAAUACACCACAACUGUGCAACCAUUCACUUCCACACAUCCUGCCAUUUCAGCACAGUACGAUACUACUGUAAAACCUGAAAGUUAUAAUAUACCCGACGUACAAGUAAAUUAUGGUAUCGAAUCUCAAGAACCAAUCGUUACUAUUCCCACUCAAAAUCAAAUGCCUUUACAACCACAACAAAUCUACUACCCAGACUUAUAUUAUACACCAUGGCUUAAUAACUGUCCACCACCUCUAUCCCAUCAAAUUUGUUACCGCCAGAACAAUUAUUACGCACAGAGCCCUAAAUUCACCAAUACAUUGAACGCAAAUCAAUUUACCCUCUAUAACACACCCUAUAACACACCCGAAUACCAAAACCAAAAAAAUAACAAUGGUUUGACCAAAGUGAUAAACUAUAUCAAGAUCGACGCAACCCAACGAGUGAAUCCGAUUAAACCAAAUCAAGAUCAACAGUGGAUUCAUUAUACUUAUGACAAUCCAAAACCUACUAAUGAAAAUCCUAUAUCUUAUUAUUAUAACUCUCCGACAGCCAACACUGAAUCACAGCCAGAAAUUAUAUUUCCUAGCUCCGAUGGUGUUGACUCUUCGUCAACCAUGCAACCGAUCGAUACAAUUUGGACCAGCUCUUGGGACCCGCAAAGUGAAUCCAAUGUUGAAGGUUCCCGUUAUCCGUUGAGGGGAGAUAUUCAAUUCGGUGAAGAUGUCAACCCCAAUACCAAUUACGAUCAACCAGAAGGAGAUAGUUCCGAAUACACGUUGAAGGAACGCAGAAACGUAGGUCACUACAGUAGCGAUAGUAAGCUGGGUAAACCAGUAUCUGAACGAGCUGAAACCCUAACUCCAGCUAAUAAUAUCGAAAUUUCUGCAGUUACUGAAACUAAAACACCGAUCACUAAAAUCGAAAUACCAAUCGCCAACAUUGAGAAACCUGUCCCCAAAAUGGAAAACCCUGAUGUCAAAAUUGAAACACCUGCCGUCACUUCAAUCGAAACACCACAUCUUGAAUCCAACAACUUCAACACAGGUGUUGAAUAA